UUUUGUUGUUUAUUUAGCGCAGCUGUCAAAAUUUUAGAAUCAGCAAGUGGACACGGAAAUCUUUGUUUUUCAUCCAGCAAAUUGUCUGAUUGGUACACAUGCUCAUUAUCCAAUUAACCAGCAAAGUCUAAAGUCAUAGUAUCGCUAUAAAUUAACAAAUCAAUUUGGUGCGUGAUAAGACAUCAGUGAGUUCAAAAUUCAGAAUUUUCAUUAUACCCUUCAAAGUAUCUACGGGGCUUUGUACGAAUUGGCCAGAUCCAAAGCAAAUUUUUGCGGGGUACUCAGUCGUGUGGGGUGACAACAAGCGUUGCGUGCAACGAGUGGCACACAUUGCGCAACUCCAACCAACUACCGCUAAAUGGUGCGGUAAUCAGUGAUAAUUGAAUGGAAAUCAAGAAAGUACAUACAUAUAUACAUGUAAUUGAAAGAAAGUUGACAAAAAAUCCAAGAAGCAAAACUAUCAGUACCUGUCCAAAACGAAGCUAUGAAGAAACGGGCAGGGGGUUCACGGGGCAACAGCUCGCCUGAUGAUAGUGGUACUGAAAUUCAAGGUGAUGCAAACACAGGGGCUAAAACCAACAGCAAUGCUAACUCUAAUAAAACAGGCGCCGCCAGCGCGCCCACCACACCCACCAAGCAGCGAAGCUCAUCGUCCAUUUCAAGGGAUAAAGGACUUGAUGAGUUUGCCGAGACAUUUGUAAUUGUUAAUGAACGGCCCGUGGACGAUAUAUCGCUUGAUUUCUUCUAUAAACCGCAUACAAUAACAUUGUUCGCAAUCUCUGUACUUUCUGUGAUGUUCUUUGCUUUUGUCAGGAAUGAAACAAGUAUCGAGGAUAACAUUUGGGCUGGCAUAUUGUGUGCUGUGUUCUUCUUCUUAAUCAUUUCAUUGUUGGCAUUUCCGAAUGGCCCAUUUACCCGCCCACAUCCAGCACUAUGGCGUAUAAUAUUCGGCUGCUCGGUAUUGUAUCUAUUAAUGCUACAAUUUCUCAUGUUUCAAAAUUACAAAACUAUAAUGAACAUACUCUAUUGGCUGGACCCGAAAUUGCAAAACUUUCACAUCGACAUGGAGAAGGAAUAUGGUUCCAAUUGCUCUGAUUUCAGCUUUGAGCGCAUAAAAAGCUCAAUCGAUGUAUUCGCUUGGGGCCAUUUUUUUGGCUGGGCCUUCAAAGCCGUACUCAUACGACACGCUGGUAUUCUAUGGGCUAUAUCUGUGAUGUGGGAAAUUACUGAAAUUACUUUCGCGCAUUUGCUACCAAAUUUCGUUGAAUGUUGGUGGGAUGCGCUCAUCUUGGAUGUAAUCGUAUGUAAUGGUUUGGGCAUCUGGGUAGGCUUGAAAAUUUGUAAAGCCCUCGAAAUGCGCGAGUAUAAGUGGGCGAGCAUUAAGGAUAUCUCAUCUACGACGGGUAAAAUUAAGCGUGUUGUGUUGCAAUUCACACCGGAGAGCUUCACAUCUAUACGGUGGCUGGAUCCCAAGUCGACGGCGAUGCGUUUUGCGGCAGUUUGUCAAUUGGUUAUAUUUUGGCAGGUGACGGAACUCAAUACAUUCUUCAUCAAACAUAUUUUUGAAAUGCCUCCAGAUCAUUAUCUCGUCAUUGGCCGUCUCGUUUUCAUUGGCCUCUUUGUAGCGCCCUCAGUGAGGCAAUACUACACUUACGUGACGGAUACUCGUUGCAAACGUGUUGGCACUCAAUGCUGGGUGUACGGCGCUAUUAUGGUCUCAGAAGCAAUACUUUGCCUAAAGAAUGGCAAAGAGCUUUUCGAACGUACACAAGCCAUAAAUAUUAUUUUGUGGUUAAUCAUGCAGGUCAUUGUAUCAGUGGCCUUUGUUUAUGGUUGCAUGCUGUGGCAGCGCGCUCAGAACAAGUAUAAUAAGUCAACGGAAUCGCCUAGCAAAAAGGGUAGCGCACAAAAAGACAGUGAUUCUGCGCUUAAAGGCGUUGUGAAAGACUACAAUCACUUCUUACAUCCGCAAUCGCUCGCAUUAAAACUAAAAACUGUUUUCAGAGAACGCUCCGAUAGAACACUAUGUGAUGAUACACUAGAAGAUAUUAAAAUAAAAAUCGUUUGAGAAUUGAUUAUUUAGCAUGUUAUGGCUUAUUUAGCUUGCUAGGAUUUCCUAAUGCUUUAUUUUCAUAAUUAUAUUUUAAAAUUAUUUUUUGGUUUUUUGGUUGUUGCAAACGCUGGUUCACAACAAAUAGCAUUCCGUGCGGGAUUGAAAAUCUCGUAUGCGCUUAUCGGUAAGGUUCUCAAAAACUAUUAAAGCUCCAUAUGUUGCCCGAAGAAUUCACAAUUAACUGAUCGCUUUAAAUUCGACAUACUGGAAUUCUCGAAACUAAAGGUGUCCUCUCACAAAUUCUGGGAUGUUAGAAAAGAUUAUUGUGGAUUUUAAGCUUUUCAACCCAUUUCCGAAUCAAGUGAAACUUGUAACAUUAAAAAAUUAAACAAAAUAUUAAUACUAAUUUUUGAAAUAAAAACUAUUAAUUUUUGAAUUAUAAUUUGAAACUAUUUGAAAAAUUUAAUAAAGUUCUCAAAAGUUUAUGUUUGCCGUGCUUUUUAACGAGUCAGUCAGAGCUUUUACGGCUACAAUUUUCAGAAAUAUUUUAUGCUGUUACAACAGCUUCGCGCACCAAAUAAGAACAGCAAAAAAAUAACGAGAAUAACGCUGGUUUAGAUUUUUUUCGAGCACCGCAUUAAAACCAUUUUUGAAUUUAUUUUUAUGCUCACGCCAUA